ACAGUGGAAACUCACCACUGAUCAUUGUGAAGAGCCGAGAGAAGGAACGGUCUUACAGAAAAGGUUUGGUUCUGUGGAGCUUCAGGGCACUAAAGCAGGAUGUUUGUCCUCAUCUGGGCAACUCUGCUUCUCUGUGCCAGAGACAGCACUGCCAACACUGGUACAUCUGUGGGACUACGGCAAACCUGUGAUAGAAGUUUCUGUAUCGCUCUCCCUGAAGAAUUAACAGCAGAAGCCGGGCUCUGUGUGGUGAUACCAUGUUUUUUCACUGCAGGCUUUACUGCCAGACAUGCAGUUUGGUACCAAUGUCAGGAGACUAAAGACAGAUGUGGGGACGUAGACAUAAUAUUCCACACUAACAAUAACAACCGAAAAGGUCAGCCUGGGUUCAGAGGUCGAGUGUCACUUUUGGAGCCUGAUGUGAGGCAGAGAAUCUGCAGCAUCGUGAUCAAUGACCUGAAGGAGUCUGAUUCUGGAGCUUAUCAGUUCAGAGUCAUUGGGACCAGGGACUCUGAUAGAUAUCAAUUCCUUCAAAAAGUACUGAUCUCUGUUAAAGGUCUCAGUCAGAAGCCCACCGUGGAGAUUCCUCCACUGACAGAAGGACGAGAGGCCACGCUGACCUGCACCGCUCCUGGUCUCUGCUCUGGAUCUGCUCCUGAGUUCCUCUGGACCUGGAGCGGAGCAGGAGGGAGCAUCUCAGGAAACAUCACCACUCUGACUGACCGCCUGAAUGCCAUCGCAAACAGAUACAGUUCAACUCUGACCUUCAACCCCUCCGCUGAACACCACGGUACCAAUAUAACCUGUACGGUCCGGCUCACAGAUGACAGAACCACAGAGGAGACUGUGACUUUGAAUGUUUCCUAUGUGAAGGAUCUCAGAAUCAUUGGAGAGACAGCUGUGAAGGAGCACGAGACGCUGAAUUUGACUUGCAGCGUUGACAGUUUCCCUCCAUCACGGAUCACAUGGAUUAAACUUUCUGACCUUUUCCUGCAAAAUGGAACAGAAACUGUUGUGCAGAACGACACUUCAGCUGAACUUCUGAAUGAGACAGAAACCUCUGAGCAGGAAGACGGCGAUAAGAACUCCCUCAUCAUUUCUGAUGUGACAGCAGGAGAUUCUGGACAAUACAUUUGCAACGCAGAGCAUCUCGACCAGACCCUCACAAAAGAAAUAAAUGUGACAGUGAAAUACAGAAGAAAUCCCCAGAUGGCAGGUAGCACAGCAGUCAAUGAUGGAGACGUUCUGAACCUGACCUGCAGUGCAGACAGUUUCCCUCCGUCUCUUAUUAUUUGGACCAAACUUGGUUUCAACACAACCCUGCAAACUGACUCUGGAUCAGCCUCACUUGUCAUUCCCAACGUGACUGCAGAGGAUUCUGGACAGUACGUCUGUACAGCGGUAUAUCUGGACUCAGCAGCCACUGAAUAUGCCGAUGUGACCGUGACAUACAUCCAUAAGAGCUCCGGAUGUGAGCUUCGAUCAGAUGUUCUGACCUGUGUGUGUAUCAGUGAAGGCUUUCCUUUACCCACCAUCAAAUGGCCGACGUUGAACAGUCACACAGAGUACUCCAUCAUGACGACCGUGUCAAACCACACAGUCAACAGUACUGUCACCCUCUCUCUAAAAACCGAGGGCAACACAACUGUUGAAUGUGUCAGCGGAAAUGAAAAUGGGGAACUAAAAAAAACCCUCCCCGUUGAGAAGAAGCUGUCCGGAAAAGAAGAUCCGUCCAUUCAGGAAGUUGUUUCAUUGGAAGUCAUCGUUGCCUUCUUGAUUGGUGUUCUCCUCUCAGCAAUCAUUUCCUUCUUAUUCAUAAAAUGUUACAGAAGAAAACAGAAGACUUCUGCAAAUGCGGAUGAGACCGUGGAACUUGUGACAAACAACAACAAUCCAUUGGCAGUGGAAGACGAUCGUCCCUACGACCAGGAGGAAGCCCACGCUGGAACAGCGGCUGCAGAGAAAACCGCCGCUGAACUCGACAGCGAGUCAAAGGACGUGGAGUACGCCAACAUCGACUUCUCUCUGCUAAAAAGAAAGACUCCUCUGGAUGAAGCGAGGACAGAUGAGAGCACGAAGACAGAGUACGCCGAAAUCAAAAAAGAGGUAAUAGAAGAAAGGGAGGAUGACGGCAGGGAGGAAAGUGAAAUGCUGGAGAGGGAAGAGGAAGUGGAGGCGAAGGAGGGAGAGGAGGAAGCAGCUGAGAUGGAGGCGGUGUACUCCAAUGUGAAGGAAGUCAUGAAUGAGAUCUGAAGACCGUUUCACUUUGCUGCAGCCUCAGGCUCCCAGAUUCCACCGGAUAAGAUAGAUUCAUAUCAUCAGCUGAUGGUGGGUUGGACUUUUGAUGAACCAUUUGUACAGUUUCUACAUCAGAACUGGGACCUUUUAACCACUGAACUGUGUUUAACGGAAUAAAAUCAGUCGAACGGGAGGAGAUUGAUAUUCUAACCAGUCAACUAAGUGUGAACGGGUUGGUUCAUGGAGUUUAGGCUGCUCUGCUUCACUGUAUGACGCUUCUUUUCAGAACAUGUCAGCAUUUCCAGUAAUAUUCCAGCAAAUUCAACUCAAAGAUUAGUUUGUAAAGAUACAUUAAUAGUUUGUAAAGACCAGUUAUUUUUAUAUUAUGCUUGAAUUGUUUGGUAUUUUUUUAGUCUUGCCUUAAAGAUGUUUUUGGAGUUAGCUUGAAAUGAAAAAGCUGUAGCGAUGGGUUUAUUAUGGGAUUAUGUGGGAGGUCACUUUAUGACGGGGGAUUAUAAUAAUCUCAGUUUCACAAUCGAUUUUCAGCUUUUGGUUUCAGCUUUGGCUUCAUCAUCUGAGACGGAAAAGUUAAAACUUAAUAAAAAGGAAUUUUAAACUUAUUUUCUAUCCAAACUUGGAUUUUUCUAGCACUCUUCUCUCUGUGUUGUUGUUGACAAACCUUCCUGUGCUGUGACAAUCUGUAAACACAGACUUCAAAGAUUAAUGUGAAUAAUGACACUUUUCUUGUCAUAAAACACCUUUUCUGAAUAGCCCAAAGGAGGCCUUGCUUUUGAUUAUUUCUGACUAAAACAAAACCUUUUUGCCAUUUUUCAGAGUGUCAGGUACUUCGUUUGCAAAAUA